AUGGCCGCCGACGCAUCAGGACAUUCCACAGGCUCACUAUCCAACCAGAAGCGUAUCCUACGGGAGGCACACAAGCUUGCUCGGAAGCGCGCGACACAACUGGAUAUUUUCGCUAAAAGUGAAAACCUGCCACUUUCUGAGCUGGUUGUCGACGUGGAAAAUGGACAGGACCCAACGAGAUUUAUUGUUAUUUUGAAUGCAGGGAGCACAGGGGACGUGGGAGGAGUGUCGGUGGAUGACCUUGAAAGGGCCUUUGGUGCUUUUGAAGGAUUCCUGGGUGUCGAAAUGAUGCUAGGAAAACCAUAUUCCUAUGCGGUCUACAACACACCCACAGCAGCUUUCCAGGCUUACACCGUUUUGAACAAUAGUCCGAUCCCAAUUCCCCACUCCAACUCCAAGCCACUCCUGCUGACCUUUACGACCCGUGUCUCCCUGGAUAUUGCUCUUUCCGAUCCAAAGGAUGUUAUGGAGGCAGUCCCUGGGCUGUUCCUCUUGCAUGACUUUGUAGAUUGCGAGGAAGAGCAGAAUCUGUUGGCAUGUGUCAAGGACAAUGCCAAUAGUUGGGUCAGCCUCAACAAGCGUCGAGUUCAGCAUUAUGGUUAUCGAUUUGAUUACCCGCUCAACACGGUGGAUUUUGACACAUCCAUCAUUGACCCUAUACCACCAUGGGGUCAAGAAAUUUUAAGUAGGUAUUGCCGCACAUUUCCUUUGCAUUCGACGCCCGAUCAGUUGACCGUCAAUGAGUAUUGGCCGAGCGCCGGAAUUGCGCCUCACGCCGAUCGACAUUCGAUCUUUGGGGACGUGGUGAUUGCUCUAAGUCUGGGAAGCGGAGUUGUCAUGGAAUUUCGGCGACCAGAAGAGACACCGUCCACCACUGUGAGCAAUCCGUGUAAACCAUUCUCAUAUCAUUGCAUAAAUAUCCAUCUUCCACCUCGGUCACUGCUGGUCAUGUCGGGAAAUGCCAGAUAUCAAUGGGAGCAUUCUAUUCGCCCACGGCGGACAGAUAUCGUGCAUGGACGGGCUAUUGAGCGGGGAACACGGGUUAGUCUCACUUUUCGCAAUGUCAAGCGCGUGAAAGGAUGUGAAUGUGGGUGGACUCAUGCGUGUGAUGUUGGGAGGGAUGACACGGGACGACUAGAUAUUGGGUAAAUGUAAAAAUGUUAUAAUCAUACCAGAUACCCGAGAAAACAAACAUAUGCUUGACAUGCGCUUAGAAACAGGAUUUGGGUUUGCUGACCAAAUGGAUGUACUCACCAGCGAUCACAAAGGCGAAAAAAGCCCCGCCCAGGAAUUUACCGAAAACGAGUUACGUAGGAGAAAACCACAAGGACAGUCCGUCUGUCUCUCCGUAAAACACCCGAGAUCGGUGUUUACACUUUUUUGUCUUUUGUCAAAGUCCCCUGUCGAUUUGCUCGAGCACACACACACACAAGAGUAUCCGCUUGCCUUAGCUUUUGACAAAAAAUGCCUCUAGAACACAAAUGGUGGGGCAAUCUUUCACACAUUAACGGUUUUCGUGAAUACGGUCUGUCACCCUUUUACACCAACCCCAUGAAAGGUUUCCUCAACCCGGGAUUGUUUAAAUUUUGGAAACGCAUCAGCCGGCAAGCGUUGUUUUUUGGACCUCCAGCCAUGGUGGCGUGGGGAGUCAUGACAUGGGCGGAUAACAAGUUUGAGCAUUACAAUCGGAAGAAAUACUUGGAGAGCUUUCAGGCGACAUUUUGAAAAAAAGCGUAAACAAAAGAAAGGGCGGAAGACAAGUCUUGUACAUAGUGUGGAGGUGAUUGAAAAUGGCACUAGGACCCAUUAUUAUCCGGCUCAAUCCGGUUAAUCAUAUCGCAUAAUCAGAACCCCC